AUGAAAACGAAUUUUCUUGGUCUUGCUUUGUCUCUGUUUCUUGUUCUUUCAAACUUCCAUGAGGUUUCUUCUCAGGAUGAUGGAACUAGUGGUUUGAGUCAUUUGGAUCUAAUCGAGCGUGAUUAUCAAGAUAGUGUCAAUGCUCUUCAAAGCCAGGAAAAUGAAGAUCAGUCUGCAAAGAUACAGAGUGAAAACCAGAACACUACAGCUACUGAUAAGAACACUAUCUCACUGUCUCUAUCAGAUGAUUCUGAGAUUACUCUCAGUGAUUCAGUUGAUAGCUCAACUCAGUCUGGAGCUGUUAGUGAUGAAAGUGAUAAACGUUCGAGUUUAUUGGAUCAAAUCGAACUCGAAUUCGAAGCUCAUCUCAAUGGUCUAAACCAAGCUGGAUCUGAUGAUGUCAAGGCUGAAACUAAGGAUGAUGAUGAAUUAUCUGCUCAGAGACAGAAAAUGUUGGAAGAUAUCGAACGCGAUUUUGAAGUUGCUUCAGCUAACUUGAAACAACUAAAGAUUGAUGAAUCAAGUGAAGGAAAUGAUGAAGGAUCUGCAAAGAGACAGAGUUUGUUGGAUGAGAUCGAAAGAGAGUUUGAAGCUGCUACAAAAGAUCUUGAACUACUCAAGGUUAAUGAGUUCACCGGGGACAAAGAUAACGAAGAACAAUCUGCAAUGAGAAAAAGUAUGCUUGAAGCUAUCGAACGCGAGUUUGAAGCUGCUUUUGAAGGACUUGAAGAACUAAGGGUCUCUGAUUCUACCGGAAGUGAAAAUGAUGAAGAACAAUCUGCAAAGAGACUAAGUAUGCUUGAAGAGAUCGAACAGGAAUUCGAAGCUGCUACAAAAAGUCUUGAACAACUCAAGAUUAAUGAUUUAAACGGGGACAAAGUUAACGAAGAACAAGUUGCAAAGAGACAAAGUCUGUUAGAAGAAAUCGAACGAGAUUUUGAAGCUGCUACAGAUAGCCUUAAGCAACUUCAAGUUGAUGGAUCAAGUGAAGACAAAGAACAAACUGCGAAGAGGCAAAGUAUGUUGGAAGAAAUGGAACGUGAAUUCGAAGCUGCAACAAGUGGUCUUAAAGAACUAAAUGAUCUCACUGAAGGCAAUGUAGAUGAUGAACAAUCUGCAAAGAGAAAGAGUAUGCUUGAAGAGAUCGAACGCGAAUUCGAAGCUGCUACAAAGGAUCUUGAAGAACUUAGGGUUAAUAGUUUCUCUCAAGGAAAUGAUAAUGAAGAACAAGUUGCAAAGAGAAAGAGUAUGCUUGAAGAAAUCGAACGCGAGUUUGAAGCUGCGAUCGAAGGUCUUAAACAGAUAAAAGUUGAUGAUUCUAAGAACAUUGAAGAACAAUCUGCUAAGAGAAAGAUAAUGUUAGAAGAAAUCGAACGCGAAUUCGAAGAAGCUCAAAAUGGUUUUGCUACAAAGACUGAUAAAGAAGAAUCUGCAAAGAAACAGAGCGGUUCGAUUACACCAGAUGUUCUUGGACUUGGAAACUCAGGUGCUUGUGGCUGUCUUAAUCAAGACGAAGAUGGUUCGAUUGUUAUACCGACAAAAUUAAGCAUCGAGGAAAUACUCUCUGAAGAAUCUUCAAGCCAGGGAACAGAGACUUCUUCUAGUCUCAGUGCUUCUUUAACUCAACUCGUUGAGAAUCACAGGAAAGAAAAGGAAUCUUCAGACAUACACAGAGUUCUUACUUCUUCCACAAGCGAAUCAGCUAUUACCUCGGAGACUGUAGAAACCCUAAGAGCUAAACUUAAAGAGCUUCGCGGGUUAACCGCUCGUGAGCUUGUUACACGUCAAGAUUUCGAUCAGAUUUUAGUUACGGCGGCGCGAUUCGAAGAGCUAAGCUCAGCUCCAAUAAGUUACAUUUCUAGGUUAGCUAAAUAUAGAAGCGUUAUUAAAGAAGGACUUGAAGCUUCUGAGAGAGUCCAUAUCGCGCAAGCACGAGCUAAACUGUUCAAAGAAACCGCCUCGGAGAAGCAGACCAUUGUAGACGCUAAUUUUGCGGAAGCGAAAACGCUUGCUGAUAAAGGAGACAAGUUGUACGUUAGAAUCUUCUCGAUCAAGAAACUGUUGAAGAAGCUUGAAACAGAGAAAGAAGCUUUAGAUGGUAAGUUUAAGGAGAUUGCGAAGAGUCUUUCUCAUCUUCUUGUUGAUGCUUCAGAGGCUUACGAAGAGUAUCACGAUGCGGUUAAAAAGGCGAAAGACGAGCAAGCUUCUGAGGAAUUUGCUAGAGAAGCAACUCAGAGUGCAGAGAUCAUUUGGGUUAAGUUUCUUAGUUCUCUUUAG